UCGCGGGCGGCACACUGCGCAGCGGCGGCGGCAGUGAAGGCGGGCGGUGCUGCUCAAACGAGUGAUGGAUGAGUGCAGGGGUGGGCGGAAGUCCUGAUCGGAGAAUUGAUGGAGGAUGCGGAGGAUUCGCCGGUGGGAUGUGAGGUUGUCGGAGAAUAUCCUUCUGCUUCACAGCACUUGUUCGGGGCGGGCGGGUGCUGCUUUGCCAACGCACGAGCGAAUGAGGUUGGGCGAAGCUCCGCUUUGCGGUGGUUGGUUGUUGUUGAUUCGAUGAAUAGAAUCACUUGCACUCCACAGCGAGAUACAAGACGGGGAGACUUAAAGAUGAGCAAGAAAACUUCCGAGCGUCGUAGAAUCUACAAGAAGCGAUCGAUCGCAAAGUGCACAAGGAAGGGAGACAGACGUGUGAUGUUUCAGAAACCCGCGUGUCACAAAAAGCAGGCUGGGCUGUGUCGUCAACCCUGGCCACCCGCCUUUUUAAACUUCCUCCCCGUUCGGGCCGUUGUUGCCAUGGCAAGAGCUACCCAGAUUUCGACCUCUUCUUCUCCACCUCAUCCUGGUGAGAUCAUUCGGAUCCACGUGAAUGGCUGACCAUGCAAAUACAAUGCUGGCGCGUACUGUGAUAAUGUGUACGUAAGGUGAUGAGAGUGUGUAUAAGAGUUCAGUCGCAGUUUAUCGCUCUG